CGCGGCACUCCCUCGUGCUGAGCUGCUACGAAGCCCCUGCUGGCAAGCUCGUAGGAGCUUGGAACCAACGUCACCCCUCCGUCUCUCACCAGGGGGAAAAAAAUGGUUGAAGCAGAUCUCCCAGGAAAGCUUUUCAUUGGUGGCCUCAAUACAGAAACAAAUGAAAAAGCCCUUGAAGCAGUAUUUGGCAAAUAUGGACGAAUAGUGGAAGUUCUAUUGAUGAAAGACCGUGAAACCAACAAAUCGAGAGGAUUUGCUUUUGUCACCUUUGAGAGCCCAGCAGAUGCUAAGGAUGCAGCCAGAGACAUGAAUGGAAAGUCCUUAGAUGGAAAAGCCAUCAAAGUAGAACAGGCCACUAAACCAUCAUUUGAAAGUGGUAGACGUGGACCACCUCCACCUCCAAGAAGCAGAGGGCCUCCAAGAGGUCUUAGAGGUGGAAGAGGAAGAAGUGGAGGAACCAGGGGACCUCCCUCACGUGGAGGGCACAUUGAUGAUGGUGGCUAUUCCAUGAAUUUUAACAUGAGUUCUUCCAGGGGACCACUUCCAGUAAAAAGAGGACCACCACCAGGAAGUGGUGGUCCUCCUCCUAAAAGAUCUGCCCCUUCAGGACCAGUUCGUAGUAGCAGUGAAAUGGGAGGAAGAGCUCCUGUGUCACGUGGAAGAGAUAGUUACGGAGGCCCACCUUGAAGGGAAACCCUGCCCUCUCAUAAAGAUGUUUAUUUGUCCCCAAGAGAUGAUGGAUACUCUACUAAAGACAUCUAUUCAAGCAGAGAUUACCCAAGUUCUCAUGAUACAAGAGAUUAUGCACCACCACCAAGAGAUUAUAUUUACCAUGAUUAUGGUCAUUCCAGUUCAUGUGAUGACUACCCAUCAAGAGGCUAUAGUGAUAGAGAUGGCUAUGGUCGUGAUCGUGACUAUUCAGAUCAUCCAAGUGGAGGUUCCUACAGAGAUUCAUAUGAGAGUUAUGGUAACUCACAGAGUGGUCCACCUACACUUGGGCCCCCACCAUCUUAUGGUGGAAGCAGUCACCAUGAUGAUUAUAGCAGCUCAUGUGAUGGAUAUGGUGGAAGUCGAGACAGUUACUCAAGCAGCCAAAGUGAUCUCUACUCAAGUGGUUGUGAUCAAGUUAGCAGACAAGAAAGAGGACUUCCCCCUUCUAUGGAAAGGGGGUACCCUCCUCCACGUGAUUCCUACAGCAGUUCAAGCCACGGAGCACCAAGAGGUGGUGGCCGUGGAGGAAGCAGAUCUGAUUGAGGGGGAGGCAGAAGCAGAUAUUAAAAACAAACAAAACUUUGGACCAAAAUCCCUGUUCAAAGAAACAAACAAAAAAGUGGAACAUUUUCUGUCAUAACUACCCAAGGACUACUAAAAGGAAAAAUUGUGUUACCUUUUUUUAAAUUUCUUAAGUUCCCCUUCCAUAAUUUUUAUGUUCUUGUGAGGGAAAAUAAAGUAAAACCUGUUUAAUCUUAUUUGACUUUAUGACAUUGCUUUCAAUAAGCAAAUGUUAAAUGUGUUAAGACUUGACUUGUGUACUAGUGUUGUAAUUUUUCAAGUUAAAAGUUUCCCUAAAGGCCACUUCUUAUAUCUGAUUUUUCCCAGUAAAUGAGGUGAAGCGAUUCUAAGACCUUCCACAAACAUCUAGCCAUCUAAAAUGGAGAGGUGAAUCCUUCUGCCUAUACAAACAAGCUAGCUAUUAGAGGGUGGUCGAGGUAUGCUACUCUAGGAUUUCAGAGUGUCUUCAAACUGAAAUCUCAAUGUUCUCAGUAUGAAAAACCUGAGAUCAGAUGCUUAUGUGAGGAAAAUGCUUUUCACCCAGUAAACCCAAAAAAGCAAAUGGAUAAUGCUGGCCAUAUAUUGCCUUUCUGACAUUUCCUUGGGUAUCUACAAGAACAUCUCCUUUCCCCUCCCCAAAUAAGACCAUUUAAGUGUGUGUUAAGCAACUACAGAAUACUAAAUAAAAAGUUUGGCCAAAACCAAAAACAAAAAAA